GGCUCCCCUGCUAUCUUCACCACCUCCUUUUCCGCCGGGAACGGUCGAUCGCCCCCGCCGCCGAGAAAAACAGGCUCACGAGCGGGAGCGUUGUGGACAGGGAGCAGGAACAGAAGCAGGAGAAGCCCACGAAGAAAGGCCAAGGGGAAGGCCAGAGGCAUUGGACAGCAUCAGUAGUAGUAGUAGCAGCAGCAGCAGCAGCAGACAGACAGACAUACACAGCCCGCACGCACGCAGCAUGGCCUCGAUUGUGUACCUGUUGGACGCCAAGGCCCGGCCGCUCAUCCAUCGAGACUACAAGGGAGACGUGCCGACGUCGCUUGUGGACUCGUUCCCGCUCUUGUUGAUCAGAAACAGCUCGAGCUCCAGCAACAUGACGACGAAUCUCUCGGAAAGCGAGUGUCCGCCGGUGAUCUACCACAACGGACACAGCUACUCGUUUUUGAUCCACAACGACAUCUACGUGUUGGCGAUCUCGAAGUCGGACAUCAACGUGUUCAACGUGCUGGUGUACUUGAACAGCCUGGUGGAGGUGCUGACCCACCACUUCAAGGAGUUGAACGAGAUCUCGAUCAAGGACAACAACUCGAUCAUCUACGAGCUGCUGGACGAGAUGAUGGACUUCGGGAUCCCGCAGGUGACGGACGACAACAUCUUGAAGGAGUACAUCACGCAGCAGUCGUUCACGUUCGAGAAGCUGAUGAGCUCGGUGUCGGCGUCGGCGACGUCGACGCACAAGAAGAUCAAGCAGGGCAAGCAGGACCGGCGGGCGCCGCCGACGACGUUGACGAACCAGAUCUCGUGGAGACCGCAGGGCAUCAUGUACAAGAAGAACGAGGCCUAUCUCGACGUGAUCGAGAGCAUCGACAUGCUCAUCAACUCGCGGGGCCAGAUCUUGACCAGCGAGAUCUACGGGAACAUCCGCUUGAAGAGCUACUUGUCGGGCAUGCCUGAGCUCCAGCUAGGCUUGAACGACAAGUUCAUCAACAGCGGCCUCAACUCGAUCCGCGGGUUGACGGCGAGCUCGCAGACCGCCGCCGCCCCGACCACCGUGGACUCCAAGAAAUCCGUGGAGGUGGAGGACGUGAAGUUCCACCAGUGCGUCAAGCUCUCCAAGUUCGAGGCAGACAAGGUCAUCUCCUUUGUCCCACCGGACGGAGUGUGCGACUUGAUCACAUACAGGGUCCACUCGGACGUCCUCAAACCGCUUUUCUUGAUCGACUACAAAUUCAAGAACCACUCCAACACCCGUCUAGAGAUCAUGGUGAAAAUAAAGGCCAACUUCAAAAACAAGGUCAGCGCAAACAAGGUCGAGGUGCAGAUACCGGUCCCGGCAGACAUCGACUCCCCGAAGUUCCACUACCAGAAGGGCAAGCUGAAGUACAUGCCCUCCGACAACUACAUCAGAUGGAAGUUCCACAAGAUCGAGGGCGGCAAAGAGUACGUCAUGGUUGCCGAGUUGAUGCUUCUGAGCAUCAUCAACGAGCAGGAGUUGAUGAAUUUCAGGAAGGUGCCCAUCAAUGUCAAGUUUGAAAUGCAGGGCUUUGUCACCAGUGGCUUGCAGGUCCGAUACUUGAAGAUCAACGAACCGAAGCUCAACUACCCAAGCUACCCCUACGUCAGGUACAUUACCAAGAGCGGAGACCAUUACGACAUACGCAGUGGGCGUUAUGGUACAGGCCUUUGAUUCCCUCUUCUCCCCGCUUCUUCACCAAUAUAUAUAUAUAAACAUCAUUUACACAACUGUAUAGCUAGUGGAAAAACCAACAACUUCAAAGACUUUGAUUUCGCCAGCGUAAU